AAAAAUUUAAUUCCAUUGUAACUUACUCACCUGAGCACUGUAUAAAUCCUAAAAUCUCUUCUCCAACAUCGACACAGCUAAUCUAGUUAACCUUUUUUCUGAUACUGAUAUAGCACAUACGUGAGUGCCAAGUUCUUCCGACAACGAUGUCUAGAGAAGUUCAGGCAAUGUUUUCGCUGCUGCUAAUUAUGGCAACAUGCGCUGCAACCGGAUUUGCGCACGUGCCACCCCCACCGCUACUCCCGAACUUUCCCAAUAUCCCAGGCCUACUGCCACCUAGGAUCCCAAGCUCAUUGCCGCCAGGGAUCCCAGGCCUGCUGCCACCUGGAAUCCCAGGCCUGUUGCCGCCAGGGAUCCCAGGCCUGCUGCCACCAGGAAUUCCUGGCCUACGACCGCCAGUGGACCCGGCUGAGAUAGCAAAGUGUUGGUCUUCACUUCAGGGUAUUCCAGGGUGUGCACAGGAAAUUAUUACCACAAUCUUUACCGGUAAAUUUGCGCUAAGCCCUGCUUGUUGCAAGGCCAUCGUCGAAGUUGAUGAGAAAUGCUUGCCGAAAUUGUUGCCGUUAUUUCCUUCUGUUUCCGCAUUGCUUAAGCACAACUGUGCUCAACAGAAUGCUGCUCCUCCUAAUGCAUUUGGUUCAAAGCACUAGUAGGGAGUUGAUCUUGUUUUCAGUUAUUCACAGACAU